GCCGUCCGGCAGUUGAACAAAGCCAUGAAGACAGAUGCCACUUGCCAGCGUUUCGCCGACGCCAAGACUACGGAUGAGAUUCGGACCAUCAUUGUCGAUGCCUGCGGGGACGCCAUCAAUUCGGUCGUUGAUCUGAACAUCUUCAAUUUCUUCAAUGCCAUUCGCAAGAUGGCGGAGUGGGUGGCCGACAGCAGCUCUCCCGCAGUUCGGCGCGCGGCCACGCAGAUCAGGGGCCCGCGGGCGGCCUGGCCAUCGGAGUCGAAAUCAUAUUUGCAGAACAUCUACACAUGCACAGACAGGUUGCCUUACGGACCUUUGAUCCGGAAGCUCACCGAGAAGGUCGGGUCCGAGGCGCGGCUGCGUAGCAUGCAGUGUCUGAGGACAUUGUACACAGAGGCCUUGUUCAGCGAUGCGAGAAUCAGUUUGUUGAACAUUCGCGCUAGGCUCGCAGCAGAGCAGAAGGACGUUUCCAUCUUGGCGGACGGCGUAGAGCAGUUUGAGUUCAGCGCCAGCAUGGUUUCAAAGUUCGUGGGCGAGGCGUCCAACAUGGACAUGGCGGUGUCCACCGCGGACGAGUGGAAGGAGGUCUGGUCCUCUCUGCUGAAGCGGUGCAUGGCGCUGAAGUCGGCAGAGUGCGAGCUGCGCACAGAGGACCAGUGGCAGCGCGUCGAGCGGGCCGAAGCAAGCAAGGCGAGCAGGAAAUCGGUCAAGGACCUCAAGGCGCUCAUCAAGGACGGCAUCAGCAGCGCUGGGGACGCGCAGAGCAGCGGGCUAGCGCCGCUGCCAGCGCCGCCCGUGGAGAGGAAGGACGACGACGGCGACGGCGACGGCACGGCUGCCGCAGUCGCAGCGCCCGAGGGCGCCGAGGGCGCCGCAGAGGCAGAGGCAGCUGCAGGGUCGGCGAUCGCCCCCGCCACUGGGGACCCACCCGACGCGCGCCACCUGACUGCAGCGCAGGUAGAUGGCAUGCUCAAGGACCAGCUGGUCACCAUCUACACAAGGAUGGUCGUGGCCCAGAUGAGAAAGACAGAGAUGGAGCUGGCGCAGAGGUGGGACUCGCUAGUGAAACAACUGGUCACGCAUGCAGAACCAACAUCCAGCGGGGACAACGAAGCCGUGGACCCGUUGUUCCGGCAGUCCAUUGAGGAAGCGCUGAGUCGUCACGGACAGGUUUCGCUCAUCCAUGUGUUAGGGGGGCCUGAGAGCAAGGCGUGGCAAGCUCAGGUCGCAGCUGGAGCAGUUCAAGAUUGGCUGUAUGCGGCUUUCCUCGGCAAGAACCACCAGGGAAUUUGGAAAGACGUCGGCCUGGAGCACGUGGUCAUCAAGCCUGGCGGCCAGCCGGGGAAACACAAGCUCCAUAUCAAGGGCGCUGCUGAGGUUGCUGAGGCUGCCGACGCUGAGCAGGGCGAUCGCCAGGCUGAGCUGGCGGAGUUGCCUCGGAUCAACAUGUAUUUCAUUGGCAAGGUCGUCGCGCAGCCGUCCGAGCAGCCUUUGAAGAAUCCCAAGGGGUUGAUCAAGAUCGCAGUGUGGAAGAGUCUCGGUCACGAUGCUUACCUGGUACCUACGUCUUCGAAUUGUUCGGCAGCCUCAGAUCUCGUCGUACCAGCUUGGGCUGUCAAGUCUGUUGUAGUCUCCGACGCCGCCAAGGAUAGGACCACCAUGACGGCGGCUUGCAGGACGAUCCAGAUCGACUCGCCCAUGGGGACUACCAUCGAGGACGCUGCCCCCGAAAAUGAGGACCCAUUCAUUUCUGGUUCACCUGGGUCUGCAGCGCCAAAAAUAUCCUUCAAGCUCUACAACCUGUUCCCAAGUGGUACCACCGUGCACGGCGAUGAGCUAGUGCGCCGCAAGUUCAUCGAGGAAGCGCCCGCCAAGAAGGAUGCAUCCGACAAGGACAAGGACCAGGAUGGCGUCGGGAAGAAGGGAGAUUCUCAGGGCUCUGUGGAUGACAAGCUCGAGCUGCCGCCCGCUGCAGUCUGGAAGCACCUCAUGAGGUAA